CUCAUCAGCGUCGACGAUCACUUGAGAACGCUCCCAAGAAUUGACGAUCUCCAGGAGCAGAAGAACUACCCGAACCUCACCAUCCUCAAGGCCGCGUACCAGCUUGAAAUCGAUUCGAAUGUAUCCUCUCCAAAAGAUCUUCCUCAGCGACCUGAUCCUGAGAAGCUCAUGUUGGAUGCAGAUAUCGAGAUUUUCAACUGGGUGCUUCAAGCUGAGGAGAGCGCCGCAGCCUCUGCCGACCGGGAGGUCGAGUCCUGGUUGCGUGACAUCCCUGAAGAGGACCAGGCAUUGGAACCAAUGCACCAUGACAACGCUGAUUCGGACGAUGAGGCUGUCAAAGUUCAGGCCCUCACCAUGGAUGAUCGAAUUUUGGCAAGGCGAAAGGGCCUUUCAGAGGAGCACGACCAAGAAUGGCAAGAUGCCACCUAUGCGGCUGAGGAUGAAGAUGAGGACUUCAAAGGGUGGGACCUCAUUGAGGAUGACAAACGCCCGCCGGGAGUCGUGGCCAGUGACCCAGUACAUGAAGAGGAAAAGGAGCUGGACCUUGACGACCUCGAGACGGUGGCUUCGGUGGAGAUUGUCGAUGAAGAGGAGUUCCACGACGCUGAGGAGGGGCAGGCAGAGCCGAUGGAUGAUGAUGACGAUGACGACAUGGCCGUGAUCGACAAGGUCUCUUCUAUGCAGGCCUCGAAGUCUGAUGCACGGGGGGACCCGGAGCCCAUGGAUGUUGAUGAUCAGGGCAACAAGAUGGUCCAGAGUACGGCAUCAGCGAAGACCUGGAAGACGGAGAUGGCCCAGAGCUCGUCAUCGGCAAAGACGUGGAAAACUGACAUGGCUCAGAGCACCUCAUCUGCAAAGACAUGGCGAACUGACACCACUGCAGCUGCGUCGGCGGGAGCCACGCCUUCUGACCCGACUGCUGAACAGUUUGACACGUCGAAAUUUGCCUCAGCACAGGAUCUGGUUUGGAUUGAGCCGGACAACAUGGCAGGAGUUCCUGUGCGCAAGGUGGACUACGGGAGGCUCGGAUCAAUUUCCCAUGCUAUGUCCGACUACCUCCGUGGCCAUCGAUUGUUUCACAGGAGGCCAUCACCUGAGAUUCGGAGGACUGAUUUGUCAAUGGACUUCAAGGCAUUGGUGAGGCAUCUCCAAGGAGAUUUUGCGCACCUUCGAGAAGAAGAAGUUUUGAUGGUUGUGCGCAACUCUCCGAUGCGUCGCUUCAGAGUCCAGGUGAACGGCUUGUCGUCCGGAAAGCUCAGAUGGACGCCAGUGAGGAUCAGGGCCAUUCAGGGUCAUCGGGCCUUUCUCGUGGAGCAAGGGGGGAUGUCAAGCAUGAUCAAAACGAUGUUCACUUUUGAUGAGAACUUCGACCAGACCAAGAUCGACGACCCAACGGUCCACCCCGCAUUCUCCGCGAUGCCGGAAGGCUCGCCUGAAGUCCUCAAGCAGGCCAAGGCCGAGUUUGAUCCGACGGAUGUUCUCAUGAGCCGCAUGGAAAUGUUGAUGGAAAAUGCCCAGUUGAACUUUGAAGGCAUCAAAGAGCGCAUUGAGUUCGGCAAGCUCCUCCCCUUUUCCAGGCGUGAAGACAUUGAAGUCGAGAAGAGUACUGCCACCCGGGAGGGUGAGCCGGCAUCAGGUUCUCAGCUGGUGCCCGGCUACACCGUUGGAAAGAUGGCCGCCAUGACAAGCACGGACGCCUGUGGCUUCCAACGUCGUGGACGGAAUGGACCCGGUGGUGGGAAUUGGAGUCGAGGGCAAGGUCGACACGGAUUUGAGUUGCAAUUCAAGGACAUUUCCUACAACCAGAUCCAAGACACGCCUCAGGUACGUUGUGGCCAUCCGAUCUGUGGAUAUCUGAUGGUGGAUGGACAUUUGAAAUGCCCGCGCUGCUCCCGGCAGAUGGAACCCGUGACCGAUGCCAACAUCGCCACGGAAGUUGCCCGCCGGGAGGCGAUGGCCCGUACCAGAGGAGUGCCCUUCUCCAUGGACAAGGUGAUCUUCAACCACCCGCGAAGAGGCAGAGUAGCCAGGCAGCCGGAGAAGGGAUCAUCAUCUUCUUCGACAGCCAUCCGGACCAGAAGCACCUAUGGCAACUUGAGAGACAUGGCCAAGAACUACGUCAGAUCUUUCAAGAAAAGGGGCUUCAAAGACCUUGUUGACCGACUCGUCCGCGACCCGUUCUUUCAGUUCAAUGCGGCGAAUCAAAACUUGGUGCCGGAGGCCUUGCUCUUCAUUGAGCGUUUGGCUGGCUGCGUGAGCCCGACCAUUGAGCGCACCAAAGCUCAGGUUCUUGGUGAAAAGCUUGAAAUGGCCACCAAGUUGAUCUUUGUGCCAUCGUCGGAGCGGGAGCCCGACCAACCCUUGGAUCUUCACACCGAGGUGUUUGUGUCGCAUCGGGGCGUCUUUCUCGACAUUGGCCAAUUCGCAGUCUACGUGGCGAAGUUCAUCAAGCCAAGACAAAGACCUCUACCCAUUGUUUAUGGAUGGGGCAAUCGUGACUUUGUGCCUGAUGCUUCAGAUGCCAAAGAGAUCGCGAAAGAACUGGUGGAGUUCAGCAAGCUGCAGUGGUCGAACUUUGCCUCCCAACAGACGCACAAGGAGUCUGAAACCACCGGCGACGACCGGGAGGUCAGUCUUCCUCAUGCAAGUGCAGCCAUCAGCCGACCUGAACAUGAACGACCCCAUCACGAGCAGUUUGAACCGAAUCUUGGCAAGCCUGCUCGCGGCGGUCCUUACGGCCAGGGUGGUGGUGGUGGAAAAGGUCAUCACAAAGGUGGAGGACAGACCAAAGGGAAGGGACAGCAGAGGGGGAAGGGCAAGCAAGGCAGAAGCCCACCGGGAGGUGUGGCCUACGGUGACUUUGAAGGGGAUUCCUUCUGGGUUCAGGGCUAUCGCUACACGUGGUACUGGAACCAACAGCGAGGCUGGUACUGGCGCUGGACCUGA